AUGCCACCCACCCGCACUCCCCACGAACCCUCCGUCUACCUCGGCACCCGCAUGCCCGGCCGCUACAUCCAAGUCCCCAAAGGCAACGCCUACCUAACAUCGCACUGCCGGGCUCGCACCCACGCCGCAGGUCAGACCGUCUACGCCGUGCACAACGCCAAGCGCCGCCCCGUCGGCAUCCGCGUCCCGCGCGCCGUCUACGAGUCCGUGCUCGCAGACCACAACGCGACAGCCUCCACCCGCGCCGCGGCAACCCAGAGGCGCGACGACAAGCUACGCGCUGAAUUCGAGACUGCGAUCCGCGCGGCGGUUCCGCGCGUCCCGGAGGAAGAGGUGGGCAAGGUGCUGGACUGGACGACGAAAAAGGGCGCGCGGCGCGUGGGGCGCGUGGGGAAGCUGGGGGUGGGGGAGAAGGCUGUCUUGGCUGUGCGCGCUUAUGUCCGCCAUGAGCAUACUGCUUAUGAGCAGCUGCUGAGGGACGGCGUCGAGCGGGAUGGGGCGCGGAGGCAGACGUUUGGGGCUAUCGAUGCUGUGUGUAAGGCUUGGGGCUGGGAUGGGAAGAAGAGGGCGCGGGAGGUUUCGCGGCAGCGGGUGGACGGGGAGGGAGGGGGGACGGGGAGGAAGCGGGCUCGGAGUGUGGUGAAGCCGAAGGCGGCGUCCGGGAAGAAGCAGGGGAAGGUGGUAGUAAUGGAGGACGAAGAGGAGGAGGCACAUGCGCUGUGUAUGGGUGUCAUGAACAUGCGCGCAUACGCCUCCAAGUCCAAUGCGGCCGAUCCACCGUUCAGUUCAAGCAGGCCUCAUCACACCAGUACGAGUCCUAUUUACAUCGCAGACGAUUCUGGCGACCAGGACGAUGGCGACGACUUAUUCGGCCCAGAGAGCCCCGGUUACAGCUCUGCCAGCUCAUUUAUGGACAUGAGCGAGGAUGAGGAUGACGGCGUGGAUAUGGUUAUGUAA